AUGGCCAUGACUCGAUUUGUCCUCUUCAUGCUGCUUGGAUGGUACCUCGUGCCACAUAUACUGGCAGGGAAGCGAGGCACAUCUGGAACUCCCCACAGGAAUCCGAACCAGCAGAAUCUCCCGAUGCAGCGUGGCACAAGCUCCCAUGGCGAUGCGGGGCAGGAUGCUUCCUCCUCUUCCGGUGCUACCAACUCCAGGCGCGCACAGAGUUCGGGCGCCCAAGGGACUGGCAAUGCAACUACACAUCCUGACCUACCAUGGAUGGUGGAUAAGCACGCUUGGACAACAAGAUCUUUACCAAUGGGCCUAUGCUCGACUGAUGCAGCUCGGUGCCGCAACCCUGCCACCAUUCACUACUGA